AUGCCAGUUUUGAUAUCCGAUGGUAGCGGAACUGCGCCUCCAAUUGUCGGCGUAUUAGGCGGCGGUCAACUUGGACGUAUGAUGGCAAAUGCAGCCCAUCGUCUUGGUCUAAAGGUACUGGUACUAGAUCCACUUGGUGUUGACUCUCCAGCGGGUCAGACAGGACUUAAAGCCAUCGCUGGCAGCUUUACUAAGGAGGAAGAUAUCGCUAAGUUGGCCGAACAGUGCGACGUGUUGACAGUUGAGAUUGAGCAUGUAAAUGCAGUCUAUUUACAACAACUUGAGGACAAUAAAGCAGCCAAUCUGUUAGGCGUACACCCAGCGCCGGCUACCAUCGCUUUGAUUCAAGAUAAGUACCUUCAAAAGCAGUUCUUUGCACAGGUGAACGGUAUUGACGUAGCUCCGUACGAAAUCGUUACGUCACUUCAAGAUGCUCGUCAACUGGGUCUAAAAUUUGGGUACCCAUACAUGCUCAAGUCGCGUCGUUUUGCGUACGACGGUAAAGGCAACGCCGUUAUUCAGAGUGAGAAAGAUUUAGUAGGCGCGUUUGAAAAGCUGGGAGCUAAGGUGCUCGCCAAAGAUGGUGCUAAUGCUGAUGAGAAGCAGAUGGCUGAAGAAGAAAAUAAAUUAUAUGCCGAGAAGUGGGUGCCGUUUGUAAAGGAGCUAGCUGUUAUGGUCGUCAAGGGCACUGCGGGCGACAUUCGUGCCUAUCCCGUUGUGGAGACUACUCAGCGCAACAGCAUUUGUGAUACGGUGCUGGUUCCAGCCCAAAUUCCAGAGCAUGUAGCUGUACGUGCUGCCGGAAUGGCCCGAACAGCAGUCGCUGAGCUGGAAGGCCGCGGCAUUUACGGCGUCGAGCUGUUUUUGACUGCUACAGGUGACGUCUUUUUGAACGAGAUUGCUCCACGGCCGCAUAACUCGGGCCAUUAUACGAUUGAAGCAUGCGAGACGGAUCAAUUUGAACAACAUUUGCGAGCUAUUACCGGCUUGCCACUAGGCAGUUGUGCGUUGCGUGUACCAUUUGCACUAAUGGUGAACGUUCUCGGCGAUCCAGCGUCGUCUGAAGACGUGAGCUUUUCGCUACUACGCAACAGUCUAACGGUUCCAGGUGCGGCUGCCCACUUUUACGGUAAAGCUGGUGUUCGACCUGGCCGUAAGCUAGGACACGUGACUAUCACAGCGCCAAGUUUAGACGAGCUCACGAAGCGUGCGACAGCUCUCUCGCCGGAGGCGGCCAAAAAUUCGGGUCUGUUAAAAUUGGAACGUAAAACACUGGUUGGAAUUGUCAUGGGCUCGGACUCGGACCUACCUACAAUGGCUGCCGCUGCCGAUAUGCUCGAAAAGUUUGACGUGCCGUACACACUCACUAUUGUGUCGGCUCAUCGCACACCUACGCGAAUGUACGAGUUUGCUCAAAGUGCUGCUAGCCGUGGUCUGAAAGUGAUUAUUGCGGGUGCAGGCGGUGCUGCCCAUCUGCCGGGUAUGCUCGCGGCGCUGACACCGCUGCCUGUUAUAGGAGUUCCCGUUAAGACUUCAACACUAAAUGGUGAGGACUCGUUGCUGAGCAUUGUGCAGAUGCCUCGCGGAGUGCCCGUCGCCACAGUUGCCAUCGGUAAUGCAACGAACGCAGGCUUACUGGCUGUACGAAUACUUGGCUCUGGGGACCCGUCUCUGAUCGAGGCAAUGGCAGCAUUCUUGGACACGCAAAAGCGUGAGGUGGAUGACAAGAUUGAAAGAAUGGCUACCGGCGGCUGGAAACAAUACCUCAAAAACAUGAAAAUAUAA